CGUAAACGCCUUGUCUCCGCUUUGUCGUUUCGAAUGCCUGGAACCGUUAGUAACAAAGUCUUCUUGAAAAUAAAGAGAGAAGCGGAUCUGGCAUUCAUUGAAAAUGUCCACCACAGAAUACAAUCAUUUGCUCUUUGAAAUAAGCGAAAGGAUCGACGAGCUGAAUGCACUUCAACGUCUUGUUUUUAUGUGCCGAGGGAAGCUAGCCUCUGGCAAUGAAAACAUACACGACGCACUGGCAUUGUUUAAAGAAUUAGAAGAAAACGAUUAUCUUGGUGUUGAUCGCCUCAAACUAAUGAAAGAGCUGUUGAAAAGUGUUAAGGAAUGGUCUCUGUUUGGAAAAGUAAAAAAGUUUGAGAGUAAGCGAAAGGAAUACAAAGCCUUGCUUGAGAAGAUUAUUCGUGCACUCGAUGAACUCAAUGAUCUGGAACGGCUGAUCACGAUAUGCGAAGGAAAUAUACGCGAAGAGAGUGAAGGCAACAUUGAUGAUGUUCGCUCCUUGUUUGAAGAGCUAGAAAAACACGAAAACCUGGGAAUCGACUGCCUCGACGUUGUGAAGGUCAUUCUGGCAGAAACGGGAAAGUCCGAUCUUUUCAAGGAAGUGGAAGAGUUUGAAGAACGAAGAGAUCAGAAGGAUGAAUCCGAAGCAAAGAGAGAUCAAAGAGCUGCAAUUAUGUCAUCUGUGACAAGCACACUAAUGGGAGUGGUGAACAUAAAAACAGUGUUCAAAGUGGUUGCGGGCAGCCUUACAGUCGUUUCUGCUAUGGAGGUGAUGAGUCGUUGGUCCUCGUUUGAUCAACUGGUUGCUGCCGUACAAACCUGUGUGCUUCCAGCUGGUACAAGGCUAGUUCAAAUCACCGAUGGCUGUGUUUGCCUCACAGUACAAGCUGAAAGGUUAUCAGCUCUUAAAACUUUGUGGAAGUUGUACCAGGAUGGAACCCUUCAGAAACGCCUGUACGAUUUCUUUGUCACUGAUGAGGUGAGGGAACUUGCCGAUGGAGAGGAUGUGGAGGUGAAUGUCACUAUCAAGGGAGAGGAAUAUCAGAAAGCCUGUCUGGAGCUCAUGCCAAGGGCCCAAGUAAGAAGACGAAACUCUGAUUCUGCUGUGCAUUUAAACGCAAAGGAAGAGCUGCCAUUGUUGAGACUUGAACGUGAUUUACUACAUCUCCAAGAAAGAAUCGUAGCUCUAGAAGAAAAAGGCGAGAAUUUGGGAUUUAGUCUGGAAAAGGAAAGUGUCAUCGCAAAAUCACAUGAUAAAUGGGAGGCGGGCUUAAAGGUCCCACAAAAGAGGACAGGUAAAGGAUCAAACCUGCCAAAAUUAAUUACGCGAUGCAAGCCGAAAUCAAUGGAUCCAGAAAAGUUUGUCUUUGUUCAAAAGUAUCUAGCGGAUUGCCAAGAGACGCGCAGCAUAACAACUGAUGCGACUGACAGCGGUUUAGAAACACAUGGUACAGAAUCCGAACUUGGAACAGAAGAAAUAAUUGACAUCGACAAGCUUUACUUGAAAGAUUUGAAUGAAGAUGCCAUUAAGAUGCUGCAUAGAAAAAUGUGGAAUGACCCUGUUGUUAGGGGAAAAUUCACUCGUUUCUUUGGAUUAAAGGGAAACUUUUUCCAAGAUGCGACGCGUGAUACUAUUCAUAAGUGUUUUCCUGCAACGACUGUUGGCGUGUUAAAAGAGUGUUUUGAAGCGCUGCAGUUGUAUGAUUUACUUGACAUUCUUGAGGAAGGAAGACCUCGUUCACUUCGUCCUGCUCUUUCACCAGAGGAAGUUGAAAAGCUACAAGAUGAUCGACCAACAAAGUAUCACACAAAUUUAGCAGUUUUAGUUGUUAAUGAUAGCGGUGAAAGGGACAUCGUGGAAAAGAUUGAAGCGUUUUUCAAAGAUCUCAAUUCGCGGAACGAAGUGGCUGUAAUCGCAUCGGCAAUUCCCCAAAAAACACGUCAGUGCUCUAAAGCUAUAAAGUUGGCGAGAAAAGUAAGAGAGAGACUGAUGGAGGAAAGAGAGAAGCGCUUGCCCCUGCUCUUACAGAAACGAAUCAAAACUGUGGAGGAAGAGCGAAUGGAGAAACUUGAGAAGGAGGAAAACGAGAAAGCCAGAACGGCUUUAUCGACAACUAUGAAAACGUGGAUCCAGAAUCAAGAGAAUUUCACCUUAAUGGCCGUUUUUCUUGUCGCCGAUGGCUUUUCGUUUUUCGAUCUUCCAGAGUUGUCAAUAUGCAUAGAAGAGAAUUUGGCAUUAAUUCCAAAUCACACAAAGCUCCUAGUUGGCCCUUCUCAGAGUUGGGGCAGCCUUCGUGAAUUGCCUGAAACUAUUUUUGCAAACUUUGUAAAUGUGGAUUUGUUGCGCUCGAUGAUUGAGAUUUUCAACAAGCGCAGACAAAAUUUGAAUCUCAUUUCAAUGAUGGAGGAAUUUUUCAGAAACCUUGAAGAUGGUCGCUCCGAUGAGUAUCUUUGGGAUACUCUAUUUACUCUACCAAGAUUUCAGAAAAUGCAAGAAUAAGUCUGCUGAGCAACUGACUUAUGUUGCAUUAGCAGCAAUCUGCUCCAUGGCUCCCAAAGUUGCUCUACGGAUAUUGCAAGUUCGAUUGCCUACAAAAGUGGAAAACACCCACAUGUUGCGCCUAUCUGUCUCCGAACGCAGGCGGCCCAGGCGUACCGUGUGUGAUUUUGGGGUCUAAAGGUCAUGAUUAAACGGUAUCACCAGACCCCUAUAUUUAGAUUAAAUUUUAAGCGUUAACGUGUGCCGUAGAAAAAAAAGGGGAAGUUUAAAAAAAAAAGGGAGAAAAAAUAAAAAGGAUAAUAAAAGCGAGGAAUGUAACGUGUUAGACCUAUUACCUUUAUUCCGUGGCCGCCUUGUCGUUUUAACGCUAUUUUGGCGACUGUCUUUGUCCUGUGUUGUGCUACUUUAUACAUUACCGAAGCUUAUUAUAUGGCUGUGUCUCACAAGGACUGGGAACUACCGAACUCAC